GCCCUACCUACGUGGAUGGGCGGGGCUUGAUUCGCAGAGAGGGUUGUGUGUGAAAGUGUGGAAGGGCUGGAGUGGGUGAACCGCCGAUGAAUAAGACUGGUAUCAAGAGUUAGUCCUGCCUCUUGUGUGUAAAGAUGACCAAGCUGGGCUUCCUGCGUCUGUCCUAUGAGAAACAGGACACCCUGCUGAAGCUGCUCAUCCUGUCUAUGGCAGCCGUCCUGUCGUUCUCCACCAGACUGUUUUCUGUGCUUCGAUUCGAGAGCGUCAUCCAUGAGUUCGAUCCGUAUUUCAAUUACAGAACCACUCGCUUCUUGGCAGAAGAGGGCUUUUACAAAUUCCAUAACUGGUUUGAUGAUCGUGCUUGGUAUCCACUUGGCAGGAUUAUAGGAGGCACCAUCUACCCGGGGUUAAUGAUCACAUCUGCGGCUCUAUAUCAUGUGCUACAUUUCUUCCACAUAACCAUUGACAUCCGCAAUGUUUGUGUGUUCCUCGCUCCUCUCUUCUCGUCCUUCACUGCAAUCGUCACCUACCACUUUACCAAAGAGCUCAAGGAUGCGGGCGCGGGGCUUCUGGCCGCUGCCAUGAUUGCAGUCGUCCCUGGAUACAUCUCCCGUUCUGUGGCAGGCUCUUAUGAUAAUGAAGGAAUUGCCAUUUUCUGCAUGCUGUUGACGUACUACAUGUGGAUCAAAGCAGUGAAGACCGGCUCCAUUUAUUGGUCGUCCAUGUGCGCCCUUGCAUAUUUUUACAUGGUGUCCUCCUGGGGCGGUUACGUGUUUCUGAUUAACCUCAUUCCCCUGCACGUGCUGGUGUUGAUGCUCACCGGCCGUUUCUCUCAUCGCAUCUAUGUGGCGUACUGCACAGUCUACUGCCUGGGCACCAUCCUCUCCAUGCAGAUCUCUUUUGUUGGAUUCCAGCCUGUCCAGUCCUCUGAACACAUGGCUGCAUUUGGGGUGUUUGGGCUGUGUCAGAUUCAUGCCUUUGUGGAUUACCUGCGGAGCAAACUGAACGCGCAGCAGUUUGAAGUGUUGUUCAAGAGCGUCAUUUCGCUGGUCGGUAUCGUCCUGCUCUCUGUAGGUGCAGUUCUCAUGCUGACAGGGAAAAUCUCACCUUGGACUGGCCGUUUUUACUCUCUGCUGGAUCCAUCAUAUGCCAAAAACAACAUCCCCAUCAUUGCCUCUGUGUCUGAGCACCAGCCCACCACCUGGUCCUCCUACUACUUUGACCUCCAGCUUCUGGUCUUCAUGUUUCCAGUUGGUCUUUAUUACUGCUUCAACAACCUCUCCGAUGCUACAAUUUUCAUCAUCAUGUAUGGCGUCACCAGCAUGUACUUCUCAGCUGUGAUGGUGCGUCUCAUGCUGGUCCUGGCUCCCGUCAUGUGCAUCCUGUCUGGCAUCGGUGUUUCUCAGGUCCUCACCACAUACAUGAAGAACCUGGAUGUCAGCCGACAGGACAAAAAGUCCAAGAAGCAGCAGGACUCUACUUACCCAAUCAAAAACGAGGUGGCGAGUGGGAUGAUUCUGGUUAUGGCGUUCUUCCUCAUCACGUACACCUUCCACUCCACCUGGGUGACCAGUGAGGCGUACUCCUCUCCGUCCAUCGUGCUCUCCGCCCGCGGUGGUGACGGCAGCCGCAUCAUCUUCGAUGACUUCAGAGAGGCGUAUUACUGGCUCAGACACAACACACCAGAGGAUGCUAAGGUCAUGUCGUGGUGGGAUUAUGGGUAUCAGAUAACAGCAAUGGCCAAUCGAACGAUUCUGGUUGACAACAACACUUGGAAUAACACUCACAUCUCCAGAGUGGGUCAGGCUAUGGCCUCCACUGAGGAGAAAGCCUAUGAGAUUAUGCGAGAACUUGAUGUUAGUUACGUUCUGGUGAUCUUUGGUGGACUGACGGGAUAUUCAUCAGAUGAUAUUAAUAAGUUCCUGUGGAUGGUCCGUAUCGGGGGCAGCACAGACACAGGGAGGCACAUAAAGGAACACGACUACUACACACCCACCGGAGAGUUCCGUGUAGACCGCGAGGGCUCCCCCGUCUUGCUCAACUGCCUCAUGUACAAGAUGUGUUACUAUCGCUUCGGACAGGUCUACACCGAAGCCAAGCGUCCUCCUGGUUACGACAGAGUUCGCAACGCUGAGAUCGGCAACAAGGACUUUGAGCUGGAUGUGCUGGAGGAAGCAUAUACAACAGAGCACUGGCUCGUCAGGAUAUACAAGGUCAAAGACCUUGACAACCGUGGCCUCUCAAGAACGUAAAACCCAGAAUCUCAAAACCCCCCCCUCUGUCCUGAACACACAGCACUGAACGUCUGCAGCCCCCACACCAUGAUCUGAGGAGAAAGCGUGAAGAUUUUUAUACUUUUGUUGUAAUUGCUGAAAGAGAUUUUCUUUUCGUACCUUUUUUUUUUUUUCUUGGUUUGUUUUUUAAAUUUGAUUGUCAAAUGUGAUGUUUACUGGGGGCAGAAGGUGUUAAAGUCAUUUCUGCAAUCAACUGGCCAGAUAACUGUUUGAUUUGUCUUUCAAUGGGUGAAUAAAGGAGUGACUGGGAUUCA